AUGUCUGAUCAUCCUAUUCAUCGUUUAUCACUUGAUGGUCAAAUAUGCGUUGAACCAUCAUGUACUUCACUAGCAAGACAUCGAUGUAAACAUUGUCAUAAAGUUUAUUGUGAUAUGUGUGUUCGAGUACAUAAACGAUAUGUUUUACAAGAAAUGAGUGAUAUUGCUAAACAAAUGGAUAUGAAUCGUCAACAAAGUCAAAUAGAAGUACGUUCAUUUGUAGAAAGACAACGUGCUGAUGCACGUACAAAAGCUGAAGCUAUGACGCGUGAUAUUAUACGACGAAUAAAUGAAGCUAAUCAAAAUGUUUUACAAUAUAUGGAUGAUCGUGCUCAAAUGAAAUUAUCACGUUUAACUGAUGCAUUAAAUACAUUUGAUAGUGAUGCAUCUGAAUUAAAAACAUCACUUUCAGCUGAACAAUUUCUUUCAGCAAAACGAAUUAUUGAAUUACGUACAAAAUAUGCUUCGAAUAUGUUUGAUGAUCGACAAAAUAAUGAUGAUAAUGAUGAAGAAUCAAAUUCAAAUUUAACAACAAUAAAUGAACAACCAGAAUGGGAAAAAAGUUUUUUUUCAAAUGGUGAUAAAUAUCGAAUGUAUGAUGAAUUAAUUAAUCUUCGCUCUAAAUGGCCAUUUCUUGCACCAGCUCUUACAUCAAUUUAUUAUGCAGCUGAAAAAGAUUUUUCACUUGAUGAUAUUCGAACAUUUCUUGAAUAUCGACAUGAUAAAGUUUUAAAUUUAUUUAAUGAACAUUGUAAAGCAAUUGGAAAAGGACCUCUUCAUACAACAGUUGAAGAUCUUUCAUUUUAUCGAUAUAAAUCGUCAAUAUCCAUGAAUCAAGUACAUGAUGCAAAUUUUGAUCGUUGUUUGCAUAAUACAUCGACUCACGAUGAAAAUAAUCAUUAUCAUCACGAAUUAGCUAAUACAAUGAGUGAAUCAAUGAGAUUGUAA